GCCUUCAAGGUUGCCCGAAUGCAGCGUGAUGAGUGCGUAUCAGCACUGCUCAGUGCACACAGCACAAAGUACAACCGAGUCUUGUCCAGCUCCCCGUCUGGAGGCUGGUUAUUGGGUCCCUGUACAAGACUUUUAUAAGCAUGAAACAAAGCUCCCUUAUGCCUGCAAUAAGGGACGUAAACCAGCAGCGGAGGGUUGGUGGGCCACCAGCACAUGUCUCAAUGGCAUCUGGUCUCCUCAACCACAAUGUAUAGAUGAAAAAGCCUGCAUUGCAGCAGAUAUAGCCAAUGCAAAAUACACAGAACAGCAAGGAAGUUGGUACGAGGAUGGACACACAAUCAGGAUAACAUGUAAUGAAGAAUAUGACCCUAAAGGCUGGAAGGACACAGCUAAAUGUAUCGAUGGAAAAUGGUCCCCUGUGCUGGUCUGUGAGAAAAGUCUCCGUGCAUGUGGAGCGCCCCCUCAAAUCCCCCACGCAGUCAUCAUUCUUCAGGGAUACCAGGACUUGUUUGCUGCGGGUACAGAACUGCAGUAUGAAUGUGAAGAUGGAUAUACUGUAGAGGGAGGAGACACCAAAACAUCCAUCCAUUGCAUCGCUAGAAAGUGGACUGACGGCCCGGUGUGCAGUAAGUGGGGUAACACUUUAUAUUAA